UUGUCCACUGCGUCACGUCUUAUCAGUCGCACAGUGAUGUGACACAAUAUUUACUCUGAGCGAAGACCAGCGCCUUGUGUUGCUUGCACUUCUGAAAAGCAGAUUAAGCUUGUGAGGAUGAAUGACAACUUAAUAAGAGGUCUCCACAUGCAAGAGACAAGUUUUGACCAUCGAUCUCAUGACAGACGAAUCAUCUACUUCGCCAAUGGAGAGACUCUUGAGGAGAGUGAGGGUGAGGAAGAGAAUGAUGAAGAUGCUAAUCAGAAGGAACCCUUUUCACAAGCAGUGGACACAACAAACCUGUCUUGGGGAGAAUAUUCUCGGUUCCUAGGAACAAAAAUUGGGAAAAAGUCAUUACAAACCUGUGACUAUCUUGGGGAGAAACUGGCUCGUCUCCUUGGACUACACUCUGCUAAAUACCAGUAUGCCAUAGAUGAGUUUAAGCGUGAUCAAAAGGAAAAAAACAUCAAGGAGGAAUCUUCAGAUGUCUUUAUGGAGGAUGACACAGAAAACAUUAAUCUCGCCCAGAAAAAGAGUCGAAAAUAUGGAGCCACCGGUUCUCCCAAAGUUGCCAGUCCACAGUCUUCCAUUAGUGCACCUAGUGUAAAGCGCAUGGCAGUUGGAACAAACAACAACGGAUACCAGGAUGAUGAUCAAUGAGCUAUUUUAAGAUGUCUGAGUAGUACCGUAUUUUAAGUAAGUCAUUGCAGUUUGUAAUUUUAAACCCUUGUCAUGAGCUGUACAGCAUCUUACAAAUACAUCAGAAAGAAUCAGAAAUAAAACCACUCUGUUUUGCUGCA